GUUUCAGCCCCCGGGGGGGGCGCGGCUGGCCGCGGCGGCUUCCGGGGGGGACGAGGACGCCCAGUUCCCCCCCCAGUCCCCCCAGUAUGCCCAGUCCCCACCAAGUUCCCUCCCAUUCCCCUCCCAGUAUGCCCAGUUCCCCUCCCAGUAUGCCCAGCUCCCUUGCAAUUACCCCCCAGUCCUUCUCCAAUCUGCCCAGUUCCCUCUUCAGUGCCCCCAGUAUGCCCAGUCCCCACCAAGUUCCCUCCCAUAUGUCCAGUUUCCUCUCCAGUUCCCCCGUGAGUAUGCUCACUUCCCUACCAUUACCACCGAGUCCCCCUUCCAGUAUGCCCAGUUCCCUCUCCAGUGCCCCCAGUUCCCCCCACAGUGUGGCCAGUUCCCCCCAAUUACCCCCACUCCCCGCAAGUAUGCCCAUUUCACCCCCAUUACCCCCCAGUUCCUCUCCCAGUGGAGGUUUCCAGCCCCGGGGGGGGCCCCCGCGGGGGCGGUUUUGGGGGGGCGGGGGCGGGGCGGACCCCCCCGCGGGGGCCGGGGGGGGCGGGGGGGCCGCGGCGGCUUCAAGGGGGGCAAGAAGGUGACGGUGGAGCCCCAUCGGCACGAAGGGGUGUUCAUCUGCCGGGGGAAGGAGGACGCGCUGGUCACCCGCAACCUGGUCCCGGGGGAGUCGGUGUACGGGGAGAAGAGGAUCUCCGUGGAGGACGGUGACACCAAGGUGGAAUACCGCGCCUGGAACCCCUUCCGCUCCAAGUUGGCGGCCGCCAUCUUGGGUGGCAUCGACCAGAUCCACAUCCGCCCGGGGACGAAGGUCCUUUACCUCGGCGCCGCCUCGGGGACGACCGUGUCCCACGUCUCCGACAUCGUGGGACCCGAGGGUUUGGUUUAUGCCGUGGAAUUCUCGCAUCGUUCGGGCCGUGACCUCAUCAACGUCGCCAAAAAACGCACCAACGUCAUCCCCGUCAUCGAGGACGCCCGGCACCCCCACAAGUAUCGCAUGCUCAUCGGCAUGGUGGACGUGAUCUUCGCGGACGUGGCGCAGCCGGACCAGACCCGCAUCGUCGCCCUCAACGCCCACAACUUCCUGCGGAACGGCGGCCACUUCGUCAUCUCCAUCAAGGCGAACUGCAUCGACUCGACGGCGGCGCCCGAGGCCGUCUUCGCCGGGGAGGUGAGGAAGAUGACGGGCGAGCAGAUGAAGCCGCAGGAGCAGCUGACGCUGGAGCCCUACGAGAGGGACCACGCCGUCGUCGUCGGGGUCUACAGGCCCCCCCCCAAGCAGAAGUGACGUUUCUCCACCCCCCCCCGGGGGGGGCCCGAUCCUGGGGGGGGGGGGCACUUGCUGCCCCUCCCCCCCCUCGGUUUUGGGGUGAAUUUGGGUGGUUUUGGGUUUUUUUGGGGGGGGGAGGGAGUAGAAAUGGGGUUUUAUUAAAAUUCAGGGG